UCCAGCUAAAUUCAGCCAAAGUAAUUGAAAUCAAAUUAACAUUAGAUCCACCCCUGGAUUGAACUAGAGACAGAGCUAACAUGGCUGAUACAUCGGACUAUAUAAGAGGUGGAGCUUUCAUUCUUCUGUUCCUCAUUACUGGCCUAAGAGAUUUAAAUACCUGGCUCUUAGCUGACCUCAUCUUCACUGGGUUUACUGGCUUCUUGCUCUAUAUAAACCCAGCCUGGACAAUUAAUUUACAGACCAAAGAUUUGAAAGUGGAUGUAAUUCAUGGACAGCUGAACCGCCUUUUUGCCUCCUUCCUUCUGGGUCCUCUCUUGAUCUGGUUACUGAGGAGGAAGACAGAAGACUCCUCCCUGAAGGCAACUAUGCUCAUCUCUAGGGCAAUGGGUAUAUCUGUACUACUUAUUGUAAUGACUAUUGGUCAGCUGUCCUAUGGAGAAAUUUUCACUGACAAGCAUUUCUGGUUUGGAUUUCUUGGUAAUGUCCUGUGGUUUGUAGCCAAUGUAUUCCAACUCUUAAAGAAUCGCCCAGAAAUUCAAGGUGUAAAGCAAUCAAGGGGAAUAACUCUACUUCUUCACCUUAACAGCCUAGUUGUACUUCUGUUGUCUCUGUCACAUUUAUCUUUUCCUAAUGCCAUGUGUAAAGUUCAGGGAAGAAGGGUAGACAAGUACCACAUCCACACCACACGCUCAGCAGGUGCCCUAAUGAUGGGCUGGAGUAUCCUCACCUGGUUCUCCCCAAGGUUUCAGAAAAAGGAGGAUGUCAGGAUUGUAUUUCUGGCCCAGAUACUGAUAUGGGGUCUGAGUGAGGGGACGUACUUAAUCCUUCACUUCCAGUCAGGACUGAUGACAAACCAAGAACUAGCCAUACGACUAGCUACAUUCUCACCAUUACUUUUGCUGUCUGUGAUUGGACUGUAUUUGUGUUCAAGAAACAUUUCUUCACCAAGCAAUGAGAAAAAAGAAGAGUAAACCUCAUAGACAAAGUAGUAAAUUAUUGUUUAAUGCUUUUUAAGUUUUCUUUUGAGUGUGCCUUGUGACAAUGAAUAUUUUGUGCAUUUUUUAAACAUUUUUCUUUGACAAUACUCUUAUUUAACAUACAUAUAGAUUCAAAGGACAUAAAUAUAGAAAACAUUUUUUUUCUCAAUUACAAAACAUUUUACUAGGCAUUUUUGCUCAGUGCAUUCCACUACACAAAGGGUGCCUUAAUUUUAUUUUCUAAUUUUUUGGUGUGUCAAGUCAAUUUUAUAAAAUUUUCUAGUUUUUGUAUCACUCGGUCCUAUUUUUUUAUGUAUGUGUAUCAUUUGGUCAUAUAUUUUUUUUUGUUGUACUUACAAUGUGUUUUUUUCUUGUAAAUAAUUAAAUUAUGUAAUGUGUUGUUGUUGAACUCGUGUUACAUGUAAAUUUCAUUUUGUAGCAAUGUCAUUGAUACUUUUAUCAUUUGAGGAUUUUUACAGAUUUAAUUCUUUUCAUUAUUUGGUAUAAUAAAUAAAUAAAGAAAGAG